GGCGCGCGCUGGCCGGACCCCCGACCUCAUCCUCAUCCUCGAUCUUCAGCAGGAUCUCGGUCUUUAUCUGUCUCCGUUUGAAAGUUUCCUUAAUCCAGUCUUUUACAUUUUGUUUUUUGCUCGCCGUUGUCGAGCUUGCGGCUGUGGUCUGGUCCGUGUUGCAAACUUUCCCCAGGAAGGAUUUUAUUAAUUUAAGUUUUUGAAAAUUUUUUUUUUGCUUUUUCUAUAUACGAGUUAAAUAAAAUCGGCGGGAUGGCUGUAACCAAUUUCCACUACAUCACGCGCAUGAACAGUGGAUUCAAAGUUUACAUCUUAGAAGGGCAGCCCAGCCUGAGGACGGAGGACCGGUACCGACACCUGGCCCACAGGGCGGGCGUGCCGCCCGUCUAUCCCAUCAAGCGCAAGCACAGCCCCGAGCGCGGCCCGGCGGUGGAGGACCGAGCCGUGAAAGUGCGCCGCUCGUCCCUGGCCCUCAUCUCGAAGGAGCGGGCGCUGUUCGGCAGUGCCACCCGCAGCUUCCAGCGGCAGCCAAGCCUCAGCCCCGCCACGCCGCCGCAGACGCCCACGGUGACCACCACCACCAGGAGCCCCGCCCGCCGGCUGCCCAGCCCCCUGUACGCCGGGCCUCCCAUGGACGAGCCGCUGGCGCUCAUCAAGAAGCCCGGCUACUGCUCGCCCACGGAGGGCACGGUGCCCAGCAUGGACGCCAAGCCCCACAGCCCCACCACCACCCGGGUACAGAUCCGGCCCUCGGUGAUCACCUGCGUGUCCUCCAGCGCCCGGGCGGCCAGCUCGUCUCCCGAGGUCCGGUCAAGCCCCUGCUCUUCCGCCUCCUCGCCCCCGGCCUGCGACCCCGUGGUGGAGGAGCACUUCCGGCGCAGCCUGGGCCUCCACUACCGCGAGGCGGACUCCAGCGCCCUGCCGGUCAGCGUGUCCGUGGACGACCACUUCGCCAAGGCGCUGGGCGACAAGUGGCUGAAGCUCAGGGCCUCCUCGUCCCCCGGCAGCCCCAGCUACGGCUCCUCGCCCAGCCGGGGGUACAGCCCCCACAGCCCCCACAGCCCCGCCGGGACGUCCUCCCCGUAACCCGCCGCCCGCAGGAGGGGCCCCUGAGCCGGCGACGAGGACGCUGCUCGGACUGCAUCGCGACGGGGAGGCGGGGGCUGCCUGGCACGCU